UAUAUAAACGCUUGAAUAAAACAAAAAAAAAGAAAACUUCGAGUUUUCAGUAACGAGCAAUGGCUAUGGUCCGGUCACUCCUGAGUCACUGGUACAGACCAACGCCGCCACCAGCAGCUGCCAUAGCUUCACUACUGCCUCACCUCUCAAAACCCACUUCCACUACUCUCUCUACCCUCUUUCAACCUUCAAAUUCCAAACCCAUCUCCUCUAAAACCCCUAAACCAAAACAACCCCAUCUCACUACCACUCCAACUCACUUAUUCAUCUCUCCUCUCAAACCGGACGACCGGGCUUCCACUGAUUGCUCAAAGCCUCGCCUGGAUGACGGUGGUUCCGCCACUAUUGCCGCCGUAGUGACGCCCACUGGGGGUCCCUCAGGUGCUGUUGGCAUUGUUCGGUUGUCGGGUUCCUCUGCGGUGGAUAUUGUGGGGCGUGUGUUCCGUAGAAAAGUGAAGAGGAAGAAUGGGAGUUCUGGCUCGUGGCGACCCACCAGCCACGUUGUGGAGUAUGGUGUUGUUGUGGAUUCUGGGGGCAAUGUAGUCGAUGAGGUGUUAGCUGUACCCAUGUUGGCCCCAAGAUCCUACACUCGUGAAGAUGUGGUUGAGCUUCAGUGUCACGGAAGUGAAGUUUGUCUAAAUCGUGUACUGAGAGCUUGCUUAGAUGCUGGGGCGAGGCUAGCAGAGCCAGGUGAGUUUACACUCCGUGCCUUCCUCAAUGGGCGUUUGGACCUCUCACAAGCCGAAAACGUUGGAAAAUUAAUUUCAGCCAAGAGUGUGGCUGCUGCAGAUGCAGCACUUGCUGGAAUUCAGGGUGGCUUUUCUUCCUUAGUAAAAUCAAUUAGAAUGCAGUGCAUUGAGUUGCUAACUGAAAUCGAAGCCCGUUUAGAUUUUGACGAUGAGAUGCCACCUUUAGAUGUGGAGCUAGUUGUGAGUAGAAUAAAUUCUAUGUCGCUAGAGGUUGAGCAUGCAUUAGAGACAGCUAAUUACGACAAGCUUCUGCAAUCUGGAUUACAGAUUGCAAUUGUCGGUCGACCUAAUGUUGGAAAGUCCAGUCUUCUUAAUGCAUGGAGCAAAAGUGAUAGAGCAAUUGUUACAAGUAUCGCUGGAACCACUCGUGAUGUAGUUGAGGCUAGUGUCACUGUCAAUGGAAUUCCUGUUACACUUCUUGAUACAGCAGGCAUUAGGGACACUGAUGAUAUAGUGGAGAAGAUUGGUGUGGAGAGGUCUGAAACAGUUGCUAUGGGUGCUGAUGUCAUUAUCAUGACAGUUAGUGCUCUUGAUGGAUGGACUCGAGAAGAUUCAACACUCUUAAACAGGAUUCAGUCUAACAAGAAAUCAACUGGAUCUUUCUCUCCAAUGAUCCUCGUAAUAAACAAAAUUGAUUGCGGCGAAUCUAUUCCUAAUAUUGAAUGUAUCGAUGAAGAUGGAAAUACUUUUACUAAGCAUGUCAAAACGUGUGCUGUAACUGGCCAAGGAAUAAAAGAGCUAGAGACGGCAAUAUCAGAGAUCGUGGGUCUCAACAAAGUUAUUCAAGGGGGGCGCAGGUGGACUGUGAACCAAAGACAAUGUGAGCAGCUUGUUAGAACUAAAGAGGCUUUUAUAAGGUUAAAGUCAUCGAUAGAAGAUCAAAUGCCUCUAGAUUUUUGGACAAUUGAUCUAAGAGAAGCAUCAUUGGCUCUUGGGCAAAUAAGUGGAGAAGACAUUUCAGAGGAAGUUUUAUCUAACAUUUUCAGCAAGUUUUGCAUUGGUAAAUAAUUAUUAGCUUUAGAGUAAUCUAAAACAAUUCAUAAAGAACAAAAUAUUGUUUCUUUUUGUACUUCUUUGGUUUAGCUGUAGCAAAAUAUGCUUUUCUUUUCACAAUUUGUUAAUUCUGACUUUUUCAUUAUGCAAAAAUGGUAAGAAAUUUAUGUUAAUAUUUCAAUAGUCAUUGGUCAAGCUUACAAGU